AUGGUCACUCCUCGGUCUAGUCGUGACCCCAGUCAUGCCUCGAUUCGGCUAACGAAGAAAAACUAUCAUGGGAAAUCGCUUCAUUCAUACCUACGCAAAGAUAGCGAUAACGAGGAUAUACAAGCCCAACCGGCCAGCUCGCCCGGCACCUACUCCGAUGACCAGGAGAACGAGGCCCCGCCCGGUUUCGAGGAUUUCGACAGUGAAAUGGGGCAGAGAAGGAGGUCACACCGUGGGAAGAAGCACAAGCUAGACUCCGAAUCCCCCCCCUCGAGCCGGAAACGAACCGCGGAAGACGCUGCCGACAAGGCUAAGAGAGAGGCGGAAAAGGAAGAGUUUCUGUUCUCUCAGAGCUCGCAGAGGAGCCAAAAGAGGAGUAAACAUGGUUAUCUAUCGAAGCAGAAGCGCGACUCGCUUUCCUGGAAGGCGCGGAGCUCCAAUGCUACUUCCCCGCGGCCGAAGUCCUCACCUUCCUCCAGUGCUCCGGAGCCCAAGGCAGCUCGCAGCUCGCAGGAAGUUAAGGAUGAGGCCAAGAACCAAGCUGCUACGGAACCGCAGUUCAUUUUUCCACCGACCAGCUCUGGAGUCACAUCAUCUGCGCAAAUACCUACGAUCUUCGACUCUGACGACGACUCGACGGACGUGCCACUUAGUUCUGCUUCCGAGGCAAUGCUCGAAGAAUUCGACCUCAUGGAAGAUAUGUUUCUCUCCGAAAGGAAUGAGACAGAGCCAGCCGCUCCCGAGCCGUCGCUAUGCCCAUGGUGCAAGAAGUCAGUGGACCCCGAGGCGUUGAUGAAGUUCAAGGCGCAACCCAAACAAAGAGUUCGGGAACAGCAGCGCUUUUGCGAAUCACAUCAACAGACGACGGCAGCGAAAGAGUGGAAAGAAAGAGGCUUACCGUUUAUCGACUGGGAUAACUUCGAGGGACGUAUCAAGGGUCAUUUCGAUGACCUGGACAAGAUCCUGGUUCCGGAUAGCUCUUCGUACUACAGGAAUGUCCUCGACACGACUUUGAAAGCGGGCAAGGCCAAGAACUUCCGUCUCACGCUCGCGGGUGACGCUUUAGAGACAAUUUGCUGUGGCUACUACGGCACCCGGGGAGCUAACAAAAUGCUUGAAGCAAUCACUGCGCGAUUCUCUCGCAAGCUCCGUCGAUUAGCAACAGAGGAUCACAUUGUUAAGCAAGCCGGAGUGGUUGGCUACGCUCAAGCCGUGCUGGUUCCGGAACUGGCAUUGAGGCUGGUUAAAGAGGAUAUGGGGGUCAAUGAUGAUUCGGCGCGGCAGAUCCUGCGAGAGAGUAUCGAUAUCGGCGAGAAGGUGAAUUUUGCCUUGAAUGAUGUGGUUCCGAUCCCGGUGGAAGACGAAGCGGAGGUUAUCGGUGAUUGA